CACGGGACCGAUCACGAGUGCUUGAAAUAAUACAUUUUACUACUGAUCAUAAAGACACACUGUUUUACCUGAAGGUUUUUUCGAUAACAGGUUGAUAAAUUUUCCUGUUAAACGAUACUGUUAAUGUUACAGUAUUCUACGAUAUUGUGUUUUGUAUUUAUUUUCGUGUCGAAAGUCAAAACAUUGUGAAUUUUCUAUCAAACCGACAUACCGUUCAAUCGGUUCGGAUGUAUCGUCCGCUAGACGUCCUAAGACUGCUUGCCGCGAAUUAGCUGAUCAAAUUGUGUACAUAAUAUUAGCAACUUACUUCCUAUUUUGCGUGUUCAAUUAUAUUUUUCGUUCGUUUUCUUUUUCCUGUUUUGUUUUACUGUUGUUUUAAAUUAUUUAUAUUAAAUUAUUCUAAUGUUACCAAAAUCUAUCGGUGACGUUUCGACAUGGACGAAAUAUCAUUGCUGAAGAAACGCACUUCAGCCGAAGCGCUACAUAAUAUGACGCGCAACGAGGAUUCCGGUCAACCAACAUCGAAGAUAAAAAGAUCGUUCUCACUGAAGCGUGACUUUAUACGGAACAAGCAUGUGAAACCUGGUGAUGUGGAUGACGCUAGAUUAAAGCUAUCUAUGCUGAAGAAACCUUCAUCUUGGAACAAGGUGCUUGGAAAGAUGUUGCAGAAAAUGUCUUAUCUUGGCAUUCAACAGGACAAGGGCCAUUUGUGUUCCAAGUACGAUGCUUAUGUUACACGCUCGUCAACCGACAUCUAUAACGACAAUACUUAUCAAGCCCCAAAGAUUUUAAACGGCGAUAAAGUCCCGGGUGUGGUUGGUCUACGCAACCAGGGUAAUACAUGUUUUAUAAAUGCUGUAUUACAAUGUUUAAGUCACACGGAUGUUUUAGCAAGGUGAUUAUUUUUGAAUGGAAUUUAUUAUGUGUAAAUAGGUAUGGUUAAAAUGUAUAGUAAAAAAAUAAAUAGUUUUUUUAGUGUUUUACUAGAAUAUUAAUGAAGCAUUGAAAUUUGUUAGCUGUGCAUUGUUUGAAUAAAUAAUAUAAUUUUUAAAUUUAACAUUUACUUACUCAUUUUAUUUUUUAAAUUUUAAAAUAAAAAUCUGUUGUUUCUUCAAACAAACUGACAUCAGUAUUGUUCAACAUUAAUAAUGUAUAAUAAAAUGAUAAAGUAAAAACAAAAUUAUUAAAAUGGUUAAUACUCGUAAAUUAACGUACUAAAUAAAUAUAUUAAUAAAGAAUCUAUGUAUAAUCUAAAAUAAAUAAAUUAAUGAAUUCGUCGCCUGGAGUAUUAUGAUACGUGUAUUAUACGACUUGUUUCGAAUUUGAUGUUGUUUUUAAUUUGAAACUGGUCGUAUAGUACACUUAUCAUAAUACUCCAGGCGACUUCAUUCAUUUAUUUAUUUUAUUUUAUAUGCAAAUUUUUUUUAUUUAUAUAUUUAUUUACUAUAUUAAUAAUUUGUUAGACAUUUAUUAUAUUGUAAAUAUGUAUUAUACUAUUAGCCUGGUUUUAUUUAUUUAUUUAAUUUAAUUUUUUAUGAUAUUGUUAAAUAUGUUAUCUCCUGAAUCUUUGAAUUUCACACUCACUCACACAAUCUAUGUACAUUGUGUGCGGGUGUUUAGGCAUCCAUGCUUUGUUUCUAUUCAAAUGUAAUUAUCUUAUUUAUCUUGUUAAUUCUAUCCAUUUAUAUGCUCAAUAUAAUUAAAUUAUAAACUAAAAAAUUGUAAGUCCGUUUUAGAAAUGUUUUUUGGAACACUAUUUUGUCCACAUAUGUACAAAAUUUCAGAUUUCUGUGUGAUACAGAUUUAGCUGUAGAUACCAACCACACAUUCACACAAUUAUUAUAUCAGAAUAAAUAAAAACUUAAUUUGGUUGUCUAAUUAGUAAUUAAUAAUAAAAUCUUUUACAUUUAUUGACAUUCAGCAUUAUGUCACACAUAUAUAUUUAUAUAACUACCUAUAUAAAAAAUAAUAAUAAUUUUGUAUUAGGUAUUUUGUUAUGGAUCAAUAUAAAAUGGACCUAUCUCGGAGGAAUAAGCUUAAUUCUAAAAAGUAUGGUACACGUGGCGAGAUGACUGAACAGCUGGCACUAUUAUUGAAAUCUAUAUGGUUAUGCAAAUAUGACCCAGACAUGUCAAAUCAAUUUAAAGCAAUCGUAGAUAAAUACGGUACUCAAUAUAGAGGAAAUAAUCAGCACGACGCACAAGAAUUUUUAUUAUGGCUUUUGGACAAGGUUCACGAAGAUUUAAAUACUGCUACAAAAAAAAAAUAUAAAACAAUUAGAGUAAGAUUAAGAGUAAUUAAUUAUGUAUUUUUAUUUUAACAAAAUACUUUAUCUAAUUUCUAAUUUAUGCUAUUAGAAUACAUUUGGAAGACCAGAUGAACAAGUAGCUGCCGAAACACUCGCUAAUCAUGUCCGUUGCAAUGAGUCUUUUAUACAUGAUGUUUUUCAAGCACAAUUUAAAUCUUCUCUUACUUGUCCACGCUGUAUGCGACAAUCUAAUACAUUUGAUCCGUUUUUAUGUAUAUCUAUACCUGUACCACAAUGUUAUUCAAUGCCUAUUUUUGUUACUGUUAUUUAUACUUCCCAACAGCCGAGAGAUGUAAGUUGAAAUUUAAUUUUUUAGACACAUGCAAGUUUUUGUAUCAGUAUUUUAUAAAUACUUAACAUUUUGUAAUUUUCAUAUUUAUUAAAUGAUUACAAUUUUUUUACAGGUUAAACUUGGAUUAUCUCUUCCAGUUGAUAGUAAUAUAGCUGAAUUUCGAGAGUUAUUAUGGUCAUAUACUGGUAUAUGUCAAGAACAUAUGUUGAUUACUGAAAUAACUGAUAUUGGUUUUAAUCGAACAUUUUGUGGUAAUUAUUCUUUAAAGUAACCGAAAACAUCUUCAAUUAUUGUCUAAUAUUUUUUUGUUUGUGUUUAGAUUCUAUGCCUGCCUCUAUGAUAACGGAAUCAGACCCUUUAUAUUGUUUAGAACUUCCGAAAUUAAACGAUUGUAGCAAUGAGAGUGGACCUUAUCUAUUAUUAUGUUGGGUUAACAUUCUUAUUGUUGAAGAACAGUGUUCAAGGUAAUUGUUAUGAUUAUUCUUAUGUAUGUGUAUUUGGGUGGUUCUUAUUUUUGAACUUAAAUAAUUUUAUGUUGUGUGCUCGAAAUUCUGUAAGGUACAUUGUAAAAAUACUUUUUAAAAAUUUUGUGUAUGAUAAGUCAACCUCUUUAUGUGCCUUAAAAAAGUUAAAGUUUAAAAAAGGGAAUGUUUUUGGAUUUUUUUACAUUUAGUUUUUAAAUUUUAAACAUACAAAAAAUUUAUCUGACAUUUUAUUAUAGUAAAAAAAGAUUUCUUAUGAAAUGCUCUCUUUAACAUUUCAGUAAAAUAGAUUUGAAAUAAAAAAUUUAAGAUUAUAGUAAAAUUUUAAAUCUACUAACUUUUAAAUUGAUUUUUCACACAUAACUGUAAGUUUCACUGAAAUGUUAAAGCAAGCUAUUAUGUAGGAAAUCUUUUUUACUAUAAUAAAGUUCUUGAUACAUUUUUUGUGUGUUUAAAAUUCAAAAAAAUUAGCGUAAAGAUAUCUUUUUUAUGAACUUAAACUUCUUUGAAUCACAUAAAGAGGUUGACUUAUCAUGCACAAAAUUUCCAAAAAUUAUUUUUGUAAUGUAUCUAACUGAAUUCUGAGCUCGUGAAUUCAAAUAUUUGACAUUUAUUUUUAACACCCAUAGGUUAUAGGUUAAGGGCCACCCUAAUGUGUAUCUCUAAAUAUGUUUAUUUGUAUACAUUAUAGAUUUGGAAGUGCUUUUACCAUGCAAAUAUGCCGUGAAACAUCAUAUAAAGAUCUUCAAAAACUUUUACUCAAAGAAAUGGCAGUGAUGUUACAUGAUGACAUAUUAACAACUGAACAAGAUAUGCCAUUAUUUGGAAUACGACUAGCUGACGCAAGUGAUUUACCUCAAUAUUUAGAUCCAACUGUUGAAUUACCUCUUUUUACCGAUCCAAUUGAUCAAGCAUUAGCUAUGUCAGGAGAUCAACCACAUGUUAAAUUAAUUCUAGAAUGGAGUAUCCAUGCAAAGGAAGCGUACGUAUAAAAUAUUUUUAUAUAAAGUUUAAUUUCUUUAAAUAAUUCAAUUAAAUCAUGUUUUCAUUAGUAAUUUAGUGGUUUUUUGUUUUUUUUUAAAUGUAUAUUUUAUGAUACUUAGGCCCAACACACCUAAAAAACAAAAACGCAUUAAAUGGUGUUAGUCAGCCUAACAUUCUUGAUAACAUAAAGACGAAUCUAAAUAAUUUCUGUUGCAAACACCAUUCAUUUUAUGACUGAUACUGUCUGAAGUAUACAUUUUUCUUAAGUAAUGAUUAGACAAUAAAUAUUAUUAUCAACUUGUUUUUAUCUUGUCUUGUCUAACUGGUGUACGUAUAAAUUGUUUAAUGUGGUAAAACAGAAACCGAAAUCAAAAGACAGUUUUCUUUUUUAGGCGUGUGUUGGGCCUUACAGUUAUGUGCAACAAGAAGUUUGGAUGACAAACUAAAUAUAUUUAAAAUAAUGUUCACAUUGGAGUUACUUGCUUAUUGAUUAUAAUUACUAAUUUUAGAACAAUUGCUGAUCAUUGUGAUCAAAUUGAAGAACACGCAAGUGUAAAGCAGUUGAAAUUAAAUUCAGAAAAAGGAACAUCUAUUACACUUGAACAAUGUUUUGAUGUAAGUUAUAAAUUCUUUCUCUUAGGUAUUUAAUUAUCAUUGACUUUCUAAAUUUUAUUGCGUGUUUUAUAUACUGAUUGUAUUUAAUGUCAUUGUAGAAUUAUCAUUUAAUAGUCGUGAAUGACAAUGCAAAUUUUAACAAAGUAAAUAAAUACAUAUUUAGUUGACCCUUCUAAAUAAAUGUAUGUAAAAUAUUAUUACCUUUUUUUUUUUUUUUUUUGAAAGUUUUAUAACAAUAUUAUUAUUCACAUGUUUGCAUGUAUAAAGUUAUCUAAUUUUGUAUAUCUUAUAUAAUAAAUAAUGCAAUGAAAAGUAAAAUGUCUAAAUUAAUCAAGCAUCAUAUAUAUUGGUCAUCAAUCAAAAAUCAAUGUGGAACAAAUAUAUAUAAUUCUCUAUCAAAUGCAUUGAUGACUGUUAAUUUAAAUAAUAAUUUACUACAACAUAGAAUACACCAUGUUUAUUAACACAAUAGUACAAGUAAACUGUAUGACAAAAUCAAAUUAAAUUUCAGAUUCUGAAUGUAGUGAGAAAGUUUUACUUGGGUGCUUUUUUUUUUUCAGAAAACACUUUUGGUUAGUAAAAAUACUUACAUUUUCAUGACAUACUUUAAAAGAUGUAGUUUUUUCACCCUAUGGUGCUUUAUUUAAAAAGUUUUUGAAAUUCCUUAUACUCUUUCCAAAAAAUAGCUUUUUAUAGUUCUUUUCUUCUUUUUAAAACAUUUAGGUUAGGCAAAAGUUAAAAUUUUUCAUUCAGUAUCUUAAAUGAUGCCAACAUUUCUACUUAGUGGUACUUUAAUUGAAACAUCUAUUGAAGUUAUCAGUAAUUUGUUAGAUUUUUUUGAUUGUAGCAAGGAAUGUAUUGGUUUUACUACGGUGUGUGUUUUUUUUAAUUUCUUGUAGAAGUUGUACACAACCAUAACAAAUUUAAAACAUACACACAUAGUAAAACCAAUACAUUCCACCCUACGCUCAGAAUAAAAAUUGAGCUUAUUAUAGUUUUUUUUUAUUUAUAUAAGUGUUUUAAGUUCAGAUGUUGAAGAAAAUCUUAAAAAUUACAGUUUCAAAACAUUUCAUUUUACUUCCCUCGGAAUCACGGUAUUUCAUCAGCAAUGGUUUAUCAUUGCAUACUGAUAUAAAUUAAAUAAUCAUAUAUACUAUUUUGCCAACUUCCUGUCUACAACAGGCACACCCAUCAUCAGUAUUGGUUUUUUUUUUAUAUAUAUCUUUGUGUUUUAGAUUUGAAAUUUUCACUACAAACUAAUAACAUCCUUUUAUGAAUCUAGUAAAAUUUUCAAACAAUUCUGGCAACUUUUGAGCUAUUUAUAAACAUUUUAUACAUUUUUAAAUCACUGCAUUUUGUAUGAAAUUGAAACAUUUGAUUAAUCAAAAAACUAUUUUAAUUAAAAAAACAUUAAAAGCAGCUUUUUGGCAAAAGUUUCACAAAUUUUGAAAAUUCACUUAUUUUAAUGUAUGAUAUGAACAAAUCAGAGUAUUUUAUUAGUCGAACAAGUGUUUUCUCAAAAAAAAAAAAAACAGUAUAAAUUUACUUCAGUUGUAUUUAACAUUUAAUGUGUAAUAAUUUAGUUGUAUACGAAAGAAGAAGUAUUAGGACCAGAAAAUGCUUGGCAUUGUCCACAGUGCAAUCUUAAACAAGAAGUUGUGAAAAAACUUGGCUUGUGGACUUUACCUGAUAUUUUAGUUGUUCAUCUUAAGCGGUUUAGACAAUCCCUAUCAUUACCAUCAUCAAGGCAGCACAAUAAUAGGUAAAUAAAAUUGUAAAAUUAAACAUUUAUUAUUUUUAUGACUGAAAUACUUAUAUUACAUAUAAUGUUUUUAUUCACAGGCAACCAACAAAACUUUCAGUUCUUGUAGAUUUCCCCUUAUUUAGUUUUGAUAUGACUCCACAUUUAGCUAUAGGUCGAGAUGUAAGGGUACCGUUGAAGCCACCUCCGAAUUCUCGUUUAUUAUCUUCUUUACAGGACCAUAAUCUUUAUGAUCUAUAUGCUGUAUGCAAUCAUCAUGGAUCAGAUCCUCAUAGUGGACAUUAUACUGGUAAAUAUUAAUUUAACAUGUUUUUUAUAUAAAGUAUAUAAUAUUAUUCAAUUAUUAAAAUUAUUUUAUUAUUAUUAUUAGCAUUUUGUAAAAACCCAUACGACAAACAAUGGUAUAGUUUUGAUGAUACUAAAGUUACCUCAAUACCUGAUACUUCUUUAGUCACGACAUCAGCAUACAUGUUAUUUUAUCAACGGCGAGAUAUUAUUCUAAACAGUACUGAUCAUUGGGCCACACGGUUGCACGCACACAUAUCAAAUAGCCAUUCAGUUGGACAAAUAGUUGAUAAUAUAGGUAAUUUUUAAUUAUUUAAUUUAAAAGAUUAACUUGCUUGUUAUUUAUAAUACAUUUGGUAUAUUGAAUUUGUAUUGUUCAUUGUUAAAUAUUUAAGAGCACAACGAUGAUGAUAUUGCUGAGUUAAGUGACUCACCAUCCAGUCAUACAAUUUCUAGGUCAUCAACAGUUGAAAAUGAUGUAUUGUUUUCUAGAUCGGUAAAUAUUUUUAUUAUUUUUAGAAUUUUAUCUAAAAAUUAAUGUGCCUAUAAGAUAUUAGAAAUUAUUUAUUUUGUUUAGAGUUCACCUAUGGUAAAUGGCAGAAGAUCUUCAGAUAAUUGUGUUAUUGACACUGAAAAAAAUUACAAAAAACUGUUACACAAUGCUAAAGAGUCUUGUAUUUAAAUUAUAGUGAUUGUUUUACGGUUGUUAUUUUUAAAGAUUUCAAACCGCUUACCAUUGAAGAAUUAUUAAUUGUUUUUAUAAUGUUUAAGUUAGGUACAUAUAAAUAAUAAUUACAAUAAUUUUUUGGCAAAAGGUAAUUUAUUUGCUCAUAAAAAGGAACAUUCCUUCUACAUUUUUACAGUAUCCAUACUCUAAGAAGUAAUAAUGUUAUUAUAAUCUUUGAAGAAAAAGAAAUAUGUACUUACUUCAAUUUUCAGAUUUAUAUAAUUUUUAUUCUGAAGAAAUUUUUAAAAAAAAUCAUUUAAAUGAUUUUGAACAUGUUUUUAACGUAUGCUCAACAAUUUAUGUCCCAAAAAAAAAUGUUGAUAAUAAAAUGUUUUAUUAAAUAAAAAGUGGUUUUAUUUUUACUGUCGUCUUACAUUAUAUUAUUUUGUAAAAUAAAAUAA